CCCGGGAAGGGGGUGGGGGAAGGCGGUGCGGGGCGCGGGCCGGCCCGGGGGGCGGGGCCGCUGGCCUUUCCCCACCCCCGGCGCCCGGCCCUAUUGCCAGCCCUGCGCGCAGCCAGCCGUCCUGCGCAUCUAGCUGGCCACACCGCCGCACCAUGAAGGCGCUUCUGCUCGCUGUGUUGGCUGCGGUCCUGUGCGUGGAGAGAGCCCACACGCUCGUCUGCUUUUCAUGCAAGGAUGCCUCCACCAACUGGGCCUGCCUGACGCCUGUCAAAUGCGGGGAAGAUGACAACCACUGUGUGACAACGUACGUCGGAGUGGGACUCGGCAGCAAAUCUGGCCAGUCCAUCUCCAAAGGAUGCUCUCCCAUUUGCCCCAGCGCUGGGAUUAACAUCGGCAUAGCGGCUGCUUCCGUUUACUGCUGCGACUCCUUCCUCUGCAACAUCAGCGGUUCCAGCAGCGUGAAAGCCAGCUACACCAUCCUGGCCUUGGGUGUCCUCGUUAGCUUCAUCUACGUCCUCAGGGCUCGCUAGUGAUGGGGCUGGCUGAGGAAGACCCACCUUCCACGGGCCUUCGCAGGUCUGAUUAGCCAAUAUCUUCUCUGUUGCUGUCUGCAAGGAGAUCUUCUACUUCUCAGCAGGCUUCCAAGGUGGUUAUUUCCCAGACUUUAUGCUCUUCCAGCAUCGGAGACCUGGGUGGUUUGGCCAAGCUGUACUCCUCCUUCUGUGGACAUACCCCACUGCACCUUCACACCUCCUUGGCAAAGGUGGAUCAUUUUGGAAGGGUUUCUGCUUUUAUACCUAAUACUUCCCUCUCUCAUUUCUAAAGUUGGUUAAAACAAGGCUGGGACUUUCCAAGAACCAAUUAAUUAACUCGAGAUACCACCCGGUCAAGCGUUCAGACGUUCCUUUCUCUCACUGCCAUGGAGGUGCCCGGCACCGGCGUGUUUUGGCACAUGGGUGUUCCAGGCACCGGGAAUGCAUGACCCGAAGGGAGACACAUUCCCAGCCCCUUGCAGCUGCAGUCUCUUUUUAUAAAAUAGUUUCUUUUCUUCUGAUCCUGGGCUGAUUUUUUUCUGGAAAACAAAUGACGCGUACCUUGUCCUUCCAAGAUCUGUAAGUGCCCGACCUCUGAAUAAACAUGCUCCUGUUGUUACCUGA